AUGCCUGACGCAGCAGUUGCCGAGCGCAUGAACGCCCAGCUCUUCCGGCAGCUUGCCCCCGGCGCUGCUGCACGUUUAGCCGGGCGUUGUGCCAAGGAUCAGACCUCACAGCAGUGGGUGCUGACGACCACAGACGGAAACAACGUGCCUUUGACUGCUGAUGACGGCGUGGAGCUGCAACCUCAGGACUUUGUGGAAAUCGUGGGCUCCAAGACCUCGGAGGGCCAGCUGCGCGCCACGGUAUUUUCCGGAUUCCCGAGCGGAGAUGUGGACACAGAGCUUUGGGAGAAAGCGUUGGCGUUGGCACAUCAACCCCAGGUGCGCCACCUCUUCCAGCCGGCAUGA